UUAAUAAAUAUUAAUGAGCCAUUAGAAGAAGAUAUGUAAGACUGACAAUUUCGUCCUCUUGUUCUUCAUCAACAUUUUCAUCAUCACCGACUGUUCGACGAAAUGCCUGAGAGAUGCAUUCUCUCACUUUUUCAUCUCUUCCGUCGCCGCCGCGACACUUGGCAGUUUCCAAUCAUAGCACGCCGCGGCGGUUUCACAGUUGUUCUUUCUUAAGAUUCGGAGGUUUGAGAAGGCGACGACGAGAUUGCGAAGGUUUGUUUUGUUAUGGCCGCAAUGAUUGGAACGGAAACUCCGCUUUGGAAGCUGAUCUUUUGAAAUUCAUGAAGAAUUCUGAGAAUCCAGGCGUUUUUCCAAGUAAGAAGGAAUUGGUUAGUGGUGGGAGACGGGAUUUGGCCGAGGCUAUUGUUAAACAGGGAGGUUGGUUGUCUAUGGGCUGGGAUCUGAACAAAGAAGAUGAUGAUGAUGAUGAUCAAAUAAUCGAAACUGCACCGCCUUCGUUGUCGAAUGGAUCCAUACAAGUUAAGAAGAUAACUGGAAUUGAAGGUAUACUUGAACGAUUGGAGGAAGAGAGAAAUUUGUCAUUUGGAAUCAAAUUGGCGAAAAACGAUUCUACUGUUCUUUUGGUGAAUGGGUCAUCUACUGGUUUACAUAAGGAUGAUAUAAUCGAGAUAAAUGAAAAUGGCAAUGGUAAGGACAUACAAACUGGCCUACAAGAUAUAGAGAUUGAGCUUUCACCUACACUUCACUCAUUGAGGUCCAAUAGAGAAGAACCUGCUCUACCAAAGGUUGAAUUUCAAUUUGUCAUUGAUCCCAAAAUUGUCCAUUUGACAUUUGGUAUAGCCCACUUGACCUCGAGAACCUGUUACAAACUAAUGAACUAUAUGUCGGCUGGUCAAUAUGAUAGUUUUUCUGCAAUAUUAAAAAUGAACAUUAUGUAUCAGGACGAGGAGGAUGAGGAGCGUGGAUUGUCAUGUGACGAUUGGCAGGAGCUUUCUGAUGCUUAUGAAUUCCAAGAAAAUGAAAUGAUGAAUGCUCAAGACAAAUUGCGAUCUUUAUUUGCGAAAUUGGCUGUCUUAGAAGGAAAGACAACCCUAGCAUUUCUUGAUGCGCAAAAAGUCGUGUUAGAGAAGCAGAGGAAAGUCGAUAAUGCUAAAAAAGCUGUAAAACUUAUUCGUUCCACUUGCAUCGUUUGGCCUAAUUCAGCUUUCGAGGUUCUAUUAACAGGAUCCUUUGAUGGUUGGACCACUCAGAGGAGAAUGGAGAGAACGAGUAGAGGUGAUUUUUCGAUUUGGCUGAAACUUUAUCCAGGAAAUUAUGAGAUCAAGUUCUUUGUUGAUAAUGAAUGGAGGAUAGAUCCACUUCGACCUACAGUUUACAACGAUGGGUAUCAGAACAAUCUUCUUAUAGUAACGUAAGACACAAAUAUUGGUAACACGAUCGAUUGCACGCACCUUUAUUUAACUUUUUGUUUGUUUUAGGUUGUCAUUUAUUAUAAUAUAUAACAAACCCUUUGUAGAUUGUACAUUUAUCAAUCAUAAUCAGUUUAUACUAGUUGAAUAAAAUGAAAUUUUGAAGUAA